AUGUUCUCGACGACACAGCGACGUGAGGAAUCAUCCGACUCGGACCAAGACCCUUUCGACAGCGAACAGCCAGCUAACAAGCUUUUUGACCCGCUGCACCGUCUGUAUUCCCAUAUAUCCUCGACUGGACUCUUCGUCGCCCUGGCAGCAGUAAGAUUGCGCUCUGUCGCUCUCCUUGACUCUGCUUUCCCCGAAGUGUCGGCCUCCCCUCAUGUGGUUCAUGUUGGGGACAGCAUGGAGCGAGCAACGGAGGACGUAGCUAAAGCGAUCAAGAGCUCAUUCCAGGGAGUGCACUUGAUCCAUUACUCUGACCUUCCUGAUAAAUGGCGUAACAACCCGUUUGUUACCCAAGGUUAUAGGUUUAUACCCAUAGAGAGAUGGCCUCUCAUCAUAUUAUCCUUAUUCGCAUUCCAUAAUGAAACGCUUAAUAUACACACUCACCUAAUACCAUUCCUCAUUUUGGGAAUUAAUUCGAUACCACUUUUCGAUUCCGAAUUCAUCAACGCACCAGCACCGGAGAAGUUCUUCAUGGCGUUUGUCCUGCUCUGUUUGUUUUGCAGUUCGGUAUGGCACACCAUGUCGGGGUGUGCACAUCAUGGUAGUAUGCAGUUUUGUGCCAAGGUGGACUACAUCGGGAUUGGAUGGCUGAUCAGUGCAAGCGUCGCUUCGGUCGUGUACUACGGAUUCCAGUGCCAUCCUAGCAUCAACCAGAUCUUCCUCGCCCUGUGCGUUACAACGGGACUGGCAGGAAACGUCUUUCCUUUCAUGGAAUGGUUCAACCGUCAAGAAAACCGCAUAUGGCGCGUCCUAUUCUUUGUCGCACUCGCUCUUUCGUCCAUCGCACCCCUAGCAACAUACUCGAUGUUAUACUCACCGCUUCAGACGUUUUACUUUGUCUCUCCCGUCAUACCUUCCCUUCUAUCCUAUGUCGUUGGACUGAUAUUCUACGUGAGCCACGUACCGGAGCGGUUCCUUUCUAAUAAAUGGCAUCAGCGAUUAGAUGCCUUUGGAGGAGGGUCCCACUGCAUAUGGCAUUGCUUCAUUGUCCUCGCGGUGAUACUCCAUAGGUCUGCUAUACGUGAUAUGAAUAAUGAUGGCCUCGUAUGCACGGCAUAA